AUGUCCGGUCUCUUCGGCUCCGUCGGCGCCGCGUCCACGACAGCCGGUCAGACGAACACCACCGGCGACAUCUCCAAAGAUGUCGCCCUCAACACGCCUCCCGAUGAUAGCAUCUCCGACCUCCGAUUCUCCCCCGCCAGUGAUCAUCUCGCCGUCGCCUCGUGGGAUAAGAAAGUUCGCAUCUAUGAAAUCAACGACCAAGGUCAGAGUGAAGGGAAGGCGCUGUUCGAGCAUGAGGCUCCUGUCCUCAACUGCUGUUGGUCUCCGGAUGGCACGAAAGUGGUAGGAGUUGGCGCCGACAAGGCCGCCCGCAUGCUCGACCUCGGCGCCGGCGCGACCGCGCCCGUGCAGGUUGCCGCUCACGAUGCCCCCAUCAGAUGCUGCGACAUGAUCCCCAACCCGGCCGGAAACAGCCCCCUUCUCAUCACCGGCUCGUGGGACAAGACGGUCAAGUACUGGGAUCUGCGACAGUCGACCCCCAUCGCGACGGUAGAAUGCCAGGAGCGCGUGUACACCAUGGACGUGAAGAAUAAGUUGUUAGUGGUCGGAACCGCGGACCGGUACAUCAACAUCAUCAACCUCGAUAACCCGACCAAAUUCUACAAGACCAUGCAGUCCCCCCUCAAGUGGCAGACGCGGGUAGUCAGCUGCUUCGCUGACGCCACGGGCUUUGCCGUCGGCAGCAUCGAGGGCCGCUACCCCGCAAACCAACGCGACAUCAACAACAUCUACUCCGUCAACGCCAUCUCCUUCCACCCCGUCCACGGCACCUUCAGCACAUCCGGCAGCGACGGCACCUUCCACUUCUGGGACAAGGACGCGAAGCACCGUCUGAAGGGUUACCCCUCCGUCGGGGACACCAUCUCCGCCACCGCCUUCAACCGCACUGGCAGCAUUUUCGCCUACGCCGUGAGCUACGACUGGAGCAAGGGCUACUCCGCCAACACCCCGCAACUGCCCAACAAGGUGAUGCUCCACCCCGUGGCCCAGGAGGAAGUGAAGCCCCGACCAGGCACCCGAAAGAGGUAG